UUCCACGAACAUAAAACGGGUCCUUUUUAACGCGUACGCCAUUGCUGGCGUAUGGUGGUGUAUAUUAUUGAAAGAAAAAUCAUAAACCAUCCAAUAUGGUGAAUUUUACUGUAGACGAGAUCCGUGGCAUGAUGGACAAGAAGCGGAACAUCCGCAACAUGUCCGUCAUCGCCCACGUCGACCACGGCAAGUCCACACUGACCGAUUCUCUGGUGUCCAAAGCCGGUAUCAUCGCCAACGCGAGAGCCGGAGAGACCCGCUUCACGGACACCCGUAAAGAUGAACAGGACAGAUGUAUCACCAUCAAAUCCACUGCCAUAUCUAUGUACUUUGAGUUGGAAGAGAAGGACUUGGUGUUCAUCACGAACCCAGACCAGCGUGAAAAGAGUGAAAAGGGUUUCUUGAUCAACUUGAUUGACUCCCCCGGGCACGUCGACUUCUCAUCUGAGGUGACGGCCGCUCUCCGUGUCACUGACGGAGCCCUCGUGGUGGUGGACUGUGUUUCUGGUGUGUGUGUACAAACUGAGACUGUGCUACGUCAGGCUAUUGCUGAGCGUAUCAAGCCUAUUCUAUUCAUGAACAAGAUGGACCGUGCUCUACUCGAGCUUCAAUUGGAGUCUGAGGAGCUGUAUCAGACCUUCCAGCGUAUCGUUGAAAAUGUUAACGUCAUCAUUGCCACAUACUCUGACGACAGCGGUCCUAUGGGUGAGGUCCGCGUUGACCCCAGCAAGGGUUCCGUGGGUUUCGGCUCCGGUCUCCACGGCUGGGCCUUCACUCUCAAGCAGUUUGCUGAGAUGUACGCCGACAAGUUCAAGAUUGACCUCGUCAAGCUCAUGAACAGAUUAUGGGGUGAGAACUUCUUUAAUGCUACAACCAAGAAGUGGUCAAAGCAAAAGGACAGUGACAACAAGCGUUCCUUCUGUAUGUACGUCCUGGACCCAAUCUACAAGGUGUUCAAGGCUAUCAUGAACUUCCAAAAGGAUGAAAUCGACAGCUUGCUUAAGAAAAUCGGUGUCACCAUCAAACAUGAAGACUCUGAUAAGGACGGCAAGGCGUUACUUAAGGUCGUUAUGCGUACCUGGUUGCCGGCCGGAGAAGCUCUGCUUCAGAUGAUUGCCAUCCACCUCCCGUCACCCGUGGUCGCCCAGAAGUACCGUAUGGAGAUGUUGUACGAGGGACCCCAUGAUGAUGAAGCCGCUAUUGGUAUCAAGAACUGCGACCCUGAAGCUCCUCUCAUGAUGUAUGUGAGCAAAAUGGUGCCGACCUCUGACAAGGGUCGUUUCUACGCUUUCGGCCGUGUCUUCUCCGGCAAGGUUGUGACUGGACAGAAGGCCCGCAUCAUGGGCCCCAACUUCCAGCCUGGCAAGAAGGAGGAUCUGUACGAGAAGACCAUCCAGCGUACUAUUCUCAUGAUGGGUCGUUAUGUAGAGGCCAUCGAGGACGUGCCCUCCGGUAACAUCUGUGGUUUAGUCGGUGUUGACCAGUUCCUUGUGAAGACUGGUACCAUCACCACUUACAAGAACGCGCAUAACAUGAAGGUCAUGAAGUUCAGUGUAUCCCCUGUCGUGCGUGUGGCCGUCGAACCCAAGAACCCCGCCGACUUGCCCAAGCUGGUGGAAGGUCUCAAGCGUCUCGCCAAGUCGGACCCUAUGGUGCAGUGCAUCAACGAGGAGUCUGGUGAACACAUCGUCGCUGGUGCUGGAGAGCUCCAUCUUGAGAUCUGUCUUAAGGAUUUGGAGGAAGACCACGCCUGCAUUCCCAUCAAGAAAUCUGACCCUGUCGUUUCUUACCGUGAAACUGUCAGUGAGGAAUCCAACCAGAUGUGUCUGUCUAAGUCGCCCAACAAGCAUAACCGUCUCUUCAUGAAGGCCACGCCCAUGCCUGACGGUCUCCCUGAGGAUAUUGACGAGGGUAAAGUGAACCCACGUGACGACUUCAAGACUCGUGCCCGUUACCUUGGUGAGAAGUAUGAGUAUGAUGUGACUGAAGCCCGUAAGAUCUGGUGCUUCGGUCCCGAAGGUACAGGCCCCAACAUCCUUGUGGACUGCUCCAAGGGAGUACAGUACCUAAACGAAAUCAAGGACUCCGUGGUUGCCGGAUUCCAAUGGGCGGCGAAGGAAGGUGUUAUGGCCGAAGAGAACUUGAGAGGUGUACGAUUCAACAUCUAUGAUGUUACACUGCACACAGACGCUAUCCACAGAGGUGGCGGUCAAAUCAUUCCAACGACAAGGAGAUGUCUGUACGCGUGUCUAUUGACCGCCUCGCCUAGGCUUAUGGAGCCCGUCUACUUGUGUGAGAUCCAAUGUCCUGAAGUAGCCGUGGGAGGUAUCUACGGUGUGCUGAACAGACGGCGUGGUCACGUAUUUGAAGAGUCUCAAGUGGCCGGUACUCCCAUGUUCGUUGUGAAAGCUUACCUGCCUGUCAACGAGUCGUUUGGUUUCACUGCUGACCUGCGUUCCAAUACCGGUGGCCAGGCCUUCCCGCAGUGUGUAUUCGACCAUUGGCAGAUCCUGCCCGGAGACCCAUGCGAGGCUGGUUCCAAGCCCUACGUCGUAGUCCAGGAAACGAGAAAAAGGAAAGGAUUGAAGGAAGGUCUCCCAGAUUUAACGCAAUACUUGGACAAAUUGUAAACGCCGUAGCUAAUGCAAUCAAUAUUGUAAUAUAUGUAACAUUAAUGAGCGCGCCUCACGCUAGACAUCACCCUUUUGGUUUACCAUCGAACUUGUUUUCGCCUCAAUCAGUUUGUUAAAAGCAGCAAGCUAAAAUACAUUUCAAUAAAAAUAAUUAAUCAAUGAGAUGCAUUGUCAAUAUUGUACCGUUUGUGAUACCUGGCUGUAUCAAUAAAAUACACUAUGAUCCCCGCUGAGACUUGUUAUCACUGAUAUAUAGUCGGGAACCUGGAUUCUUUAAUUAUACUGUAAUUAAUUUUUAAAUUAUAAUUUUUCUAUUAUAAA